AUAGAGGGAAAGCUGGGAGUGGCGCCUCUUGUUGUGGACUAGGUACCUCAUGCGACAUCAGCACUGGCCACUUCACAUAGAGCACCAUCUUGGUGCGGGCAGUUGAAAUUAGGGCGCAACAGUAGGACCUUAGGUGAUAUAAUGGCAUGCAGAAAACAAUGGCAUACUUCUAGAUGAAUAGUCUAUCGGAUCUAACUCGGGGUAAUAUUUUUUUUAGUGUUUCGUUAACCCUUUAAGGAUGGAAGGCGAGCUCAACUCAUCAAGCGAAAGCUUGCAAAAUAAAGACGAACAAUGAGACCAGCUCGUCCAGUGCAUAUUUUUUUUUUUCGUGCAGGCCUGAAGAUUACUUGAACUGUGGUGUUGCUCUGUGCUUCCUGAUUGCAUGCUUUAUUUUGCAGCCAGCAGCAAGGUGCCCUGCUGGAGAGCAUGUCAGGGAACCGUGCCGACUGCUCCGUGUCACGCCGAACUGUGCCUACAGAACUGUGCCACAUCACGGAGAACUUUGCAUCGCAGCCAGAAACUGAUGGAGCUGAUGCAAACCAAGCAGCAGCUAGUCCUUCAUUCGAGCGACGAUCCGAGCAGCUUGUAGAGGAACCUCAAGUAGUCCCCACAAAAUCAGGACUGGCUAAUGCUGCUGCGCCUUGUGUUUCACCUGGACUUGGUGAUGAGACUCUGCUUCGCCUUGUGAGGAUGGUGAUUCAGGAAUUCCGGGCCGAGUUCCAGGAGGACUUACGGAAGUGUGUGGAAUCGUUGGUAAAGCAUUCGAGGAUCGUGGUACGUGAUGCCGAAUCUCAGACAAGCACGGACGAUCCACGCAUAGACUCCACUGGGGAAAGCACUCCACCUUUCUUCAGCCCCUGUGGCACUCCGACACAGGAAUUGGAUGUGUUUGGUGCAUCGCCGCCAAGACCAGAUGCUGUUGUCUCACAGCCAUCGGAGUUGCAGGAAGUUCAGCAUGCUGAUAAUACUGCUGCCCAUACUUCAUGUGAGCAGGACGACAGUAGCACAUCACAGCCAAGCAUACAAGUUCAGAGUGGGAAUAUGAUGGACUUGGUCGAGGCUUCUGAUGAGGCUUGUGAUAACAAGCCAAUGGAUGCUAAACCUGAAGGCACAAUUGCUUCCCAGUCAUUGGAGUUGCAGAAAGCAACACCUGCUGAUAGCACUGCUGUCCAUACUUCAUGUGAACGGGACGACAAAAGCACAUCACAGCCACCCGUACAAGUUCAGAGUGGGAAUAUGGUGGACUUGGUCGAGACUUCUGACGAAGCUUGUGAUAACAAACCACUGGAUGCUGAGCCUGAAGGCACAAUUGCUUUCCAGCCACUGGAGUUGCAGAAAGCAACACCUGCUGAUAACACAGCUGCCUAUACUUCAUGUGAACAGGACGACAAAAGCACAUCACGGCCACCCGUACAAGUUCAGAGUGGGAAUAUGGUGGACUUGGUCGAGACUUCUGGCGAAGCUUGUGAUAACAAACCCCUGGAUGCUGAGCCUGAAGGCACAAUUGCUUUCCAGCCACUGGAGUUGCAGAAAGCAACACCUGCUGAUAACACAGCUGCCUAUACUUCAUGUGAACAGGACGGCAAAAGCACAUCGCAGCCACCCGUACUAGUUCAGAGUGGGAAUAUGGUGGACUUGGUCGAGACUUCUGAUGAAGCUUGUGAUAACAAACCAGUGGAUGCUAAACCUGAAGGCACAAUUGCUUUCCAGCCACUGGAGUUGCAGAAAGCAACACCUGCUGAUAACACAGCUGCCUAUACUUCAUGUGAACAGGAUGGCAAAAGCACAUCGCAGCCACCCAUACUAGUUCAGAGUGGGAAUAUGGUGGACUUGGUCGAGACUUCUGAUGAAGCUUGUGAUAACAAACCAGUGGAUGCUAAACCUGAAGGCACAAUUGCUUCCCAGCCAUUGGAGUUGCAGCAAGCACCUGCUGACAAUACUGCUUCUGAUACUUCAUGUGAAGUGUAUGGCAACAGCUUGGCACACCCACCGGAACCAGUUCGCAGUGGAAGCAUGGCAGAUAUGGUCAGUUCUUCCAAUGGGACCACUGAUGUCAACAGUACCAUUUUGCAGCCGUUCGAGGCUUUAGUUACGCAAGGUAGCCAUGUUGAAGAGCUAGCAGUGCACAUUGGUACCGUGACAUUAGGAGUGUUGGAUAAGUCCUGUACGGUGAGCAAGCUGUCAAACCUGUCAGAGGCAGCAGAUGGGGCACCUUUGAGCUCUGCUGAAUCUCACAAUGUGCUGCCUCAGAAUGGUACUUCAGGCAGGCUACUGACUGAAAACAAAGAACUAGGCCUGUCGGGAAAGCUGAAGGAAGCUCCUAUAGACGCAAUUGUUUUGCAGGCAACAGAAAAUUAAGUAUCUGUCGGGAUUGAAACUCCACACCCUGUAGGCACCUAUGAAGCGCUUAACCUGUUGGAGAUGCCGGGCAGUGCAGCUGUCAGUGCCGUUGUUUCGAAGCCAGCAGAAACAGUGAUCCCAAUGGCUGCCAAUGACUCAAGUCCACAGCCAGCAGUUACUCUACAUGUACUGAUCGAAAACGACAGCAUGUUAUCACCAGUGCUGUCUGGUACGUUAGUGCCAUGGAUGCCGGCUGCCGAUCUGACGCAGGAAUGUGACGCACAACAGGUCAAUUUGAGUGAUGCUUUGAAGGCGUCGGAUAUAUUGGAGAGUAUGCUCUAAGCAACCAAAUAAACAUCCUGCUCAUCAGUAUGAGAAAUGCAUCCUCGAAAGACGAUGUUCCUACCACUAGGAUCCACUGCUGCAACAUGCUGCAUCUUGGAUCCACUGCAGGAAACAUGCAGUACAGCAGCAGAUGCACAAGAGAUAUCGGAUUGACUCUUCUCAAAAAACGGAAUAACUUCAGCUGACUGACACAUGUCAUAAAAGUCCAGUGGAUGAUUUUUCUUUAUUUAAUGAAAGAAGCAGUGAUAUGUUUAGCUUGUGUGUUGUUUUGUGUCUACUGACGUUCAACAGUAUUGGCCAAUGGACAGGUUAAUGACAUGACAUUGGACAAGUUAACAAUGCAUUCUCUGCAAAUAUUACUUGACCCAAAAGCUUGCACCAACAGCCCAAGCAGCAGCUUUUGGAUUAUACCAAACCCAACUAGACUCCCGAGUUCGUAUGAAAGUUUAUUAGCAAUUAAUUAUGUAGGUAUUAUGCAACUUAUCUCGCACUUAAAUUACUGCCUUUUAUUUUCCUUGAAAAUGGUUCCAAGAGGUCAAUCAUAGGCCCAAAACCAUGCCUGAAAGGCAGAAGAUUUUGCAGUGCCUUUUCUUUGGUUUUCCCUCUUAUCACUUCUGGGUGUCAUGUGAAAGCACAGCCUUUUCAUUUACUUGUCCCGGGCAAGGACUUUUGUAUGGAUUAAUAUUCUUUGUUGUGACGGUGGUGUAAACCUUUUUUUUUUACUUUUUCUCAGGACUGCAGAUCUUUUGUAUGGUUGUAUGUGUGCAUCUUUGCAGAUGUUUGUAUCGAGGAAGGAUAUAUGUGAAUUGUUGAAUAAAUCUGUUUGGACUUUCCUG